UAGCCCCCGAUUGAUUUGUCGACGAGUGGUCGCCUCACUUGAAAUAUUAAAAAGCUGGUACCGGAACUUAACCGGAUCAAAGUGUCUUCUGUGUGGGGGAUUGAAAUGGUGGUGUAGGCAAGAAAAGACGACCCAAGACCUAGAAUGGAAAACAGUCGUCAGCUUUGAUUGAGAUGUGUCGUGUGUUAACUGCCGUCACGGUUGGAUAAGUUCCAGUUCACUCAACUGUACAUGUGUUGGGUCUAACGUCUUGAUUAAUUGGUAAUUAUGCAAUUUGAUAUUUGGGAGUCCAGUAGCUGAGCCACCUUUAACAUCCCGACACCCGACGAAUCUCUGCUCGCCAAUCUCCGCCAGCUAUACCUCCACCAUGAGCACCGCCCAGAGACAUCCGUCUAUAGCAGCUGGACGUCUGCCCGCCAUGGAGCUCUCCGGAUCUGCGCGCGCAGGCAUGAUUGUCACCUCUGCGCAGACACGUGACGUCACGACGGCCCCCUUGAUGCGACACUACGAGAACACGUACCGUCUCGAGCCCAAGGACCCCGUGUCCGUCAGCACUCUCAAAAAGAUUAUCGCCGACACGCUCGCUGAGAACCUUACAGGCAGAACAUACUCAGCAGACAGCGGAGUUUUCGCCAAGAUAUUAGCUGAAAAGAUCAAGCAGAAGGCCAAAGAUUUGGGGAUUCCCCGCUACAAGUACGUGUGCACGGUGGUGCUGGGCUCACGUGAGCACGCGUCCAUCUCGAUGACCAGCCGCUGUGUGUGGAAUAAGGACACGGACACAUUCGCUGAGGCCAUAUACGAGAAGGACGGCCUUUACGCAUGCGGGGUCAUCUAUGGUGUUUACACGGAAUAAUUUGUUUGUGUGCAUGAGUGUACAUUGUUUUGUAAUUUAUAAAAUUUUAUUUUAUUAAUUUAUUGUUUGGUACAGAUCGACUAGCCACAUUUACGUAGUCAAAUAGCUCAUGCUUCUCAUGAGCACGUUAUAUAACUUGACAAGGGUUGGAGAUGUCUUGUCAUUUUUGUUAUUUUGUUAAAUGGCGUUGUGAUGGAAUCGGGUAAUGGUCUAUGUUCUUCAUCACGGUAUUUUUUAAUUUAAAUUUUAUCUACAUUUCUGUUUUUUUUUUUGUGUAUAAAAAAUAUUACCUGGUUGCAUAUGAUAUGACUAAGACAUUUUUGUUAUCUUUUAACUCAAAAUUAUUUUUUCUAAUUGAAAAAAUUUCAAGAUUAAGGCGUCUCACACUCUAGCCUAGCUCUUAAUCUAGCUAUAAGCUUAUCGGUUUAAGUAUCGGCAUCAUCUAUCACCGCUACGCGAAUAUGUGGGUGUGGCUAAUCGACUAGAACCGGAUGUUUUGAUUCUGAUGAUCUCUUGUUCCUUGUGUGUGGUUUUUGUUGAAUGUUUCACAGGAAAUAAAG